AUGCAUUUGGAGGCUGCGGAUUUGUCGGGGAUGCACGGCUCGACAGGCUCAGCCCAAGUCCCUCUCGACGAGUUCUACCAGGAGCGUCGCAGAGGACCAGCUGAAGCAGCUCCAGACCAACCCCAGGGUCAGCAGUCGCCUUCGCUCCGCCAGCUCAGGCCAGCGCAGCCCGCCGCACCCCUUCGACUGCCGCUGCCGAAGGACUCCCCCCAGCUCGCCGCCAUGAGGUCGCUGCUCGCCUGCCUGCUCGUCGCGCUGUGCGUCGCCGCCGCCGCCGCCCAUCCAGGGCCCCGCGUGCGGAGGUACGCGCAGCCCGCGCACCAUGAUGUUCAGCGGCUACUUCCGCGGCACCACUACCCGCACGGCGGCGGCGGCUUCCGCCACUACGUGCCGCGCAACUACGAGCCCGAGGCGCCCAUGACGGCGUUCGCGGCGGGCAACACCGUCUCGGCGGGCUCCUACUACGGCAGCAACGCGGAGGCGGCGGGGCGUGGCGCCCGAGUGCGGCCAGUGGCAACGGCAACGGCAACGGCAACGGCACAAACGGCACGCAACGGCAACGGCCACGGCAACGCGAUCCGGCGGGACGAGCCCGCCCCAGCCCGCCCUGAGGUGAUCCUGUCAACGGCGGCGGCGGCGCGUCCUGCCCGACGAGCUGCCGGCCGCCGACGCGCCGCCUACCCGGGCGACGAGCCGACGCCGCGGGAUGCCGAGCAGCCCGCCACCGAGGCCCCGGCCUUCGACAGCGCCGACCCGCAGGAAGCCCAGAGGACGCGCCCGCCCCGCCCGUCAACGAGAAUGCUCACGUCGCCGAGUUGUAGGGUGAUCAUUCUAUUUAAUAACAUGAUUCUUGCUUGGUUCGUAGGAAACGGCAACGGCAAUGGCAACGGAAACGGUAAGAAGAACGGCAACGGAAACGGCAAUGGCAACGGCAACGGCAACGGCAAGAAGAACGGCAACGGCAAUGGCAACGGCAACGGCAAGGGCAACGGCAACGGCAACGGCGGCAAGUCGCGCCCCCGCGCCGACGAUGACGACGACUACUCCGACGAGGAGGACGACUUCCCGGUGCUGCCGGGCAAGCGGGGCCGCGGCCGCGGGGGCUUCUACAACACCUACUUCCCCAUGAUCUUCGGCGGCUACCCCGGCGGGCGCAGCGGCGCGGCGGGCGGCGAGACGCCGGGCGUCGCCACCGCCAUCGCCAACAGCUUCAGCAGAGGCCGCGGCGCCGUCGCCACCAGCCACGCGACGGCCUACGGUGGCCCGCACCUCCUGGGCGGCAACGGCUCGCGCAAGGCGGCAUGUGAUGUCGCGUCGGGCGAACGGCAGUGCGUAGGCGGAGCCUUCCCUGCGGCCCGGGCUGCACCCUGGCCGCACCAGAUCCUCAGGCCAAGGGCCGACGCCCAGGCCCAGGCCCAGGCCCAGGCCCUGGCCCUGGCCCCGCCGGCGCCCGCCGCCGCCCAGCACUGCUGCCAGCCACCUGCCCUCCGUAAUGUGAUUCAACGUGAUGGAUCGUCCUAGUUUAAGAACCUCAAGAUGCUAUAUUUUUACUGUCCCUAAUAUUAAUACUAAGAGAUAUUUAAUUAUUCGAAUAUAUUUUAAAUGUAAGCAAACUAUGUAUAUGAUAUAUAAAUAAAACUAUAUAUUGUAAUA